AUGUCGGACGUGGCAGCUCUAGAGGCCGAGGUCAAGGAAUUCAAGCUACAGCUUGAAACCGUCCAAUCGAGUUUGCAGGUAGAUCCAGAUAACACGGAACUUCAGAGUCUCAAAACUGAGCUGGAAGAACUUAUUAACCUCACCGAAACCUCCAUCGCCGAGCUCAAACCUCCCGCACCGUCCACGUCGAAAUCAUCGCUUCCGGUAAAAGAACAAGGACCCCGGGAUAACUACCUUACGUCUCAGACGAGCUAUCGAAAGCCAACAGUUGAGCAGACGGAAGAGUCCGCCCCACCGGCAUCUUUCUCCGUCAAUGAACAUGUCCUUGCCCGUUGGACAUCGGGCGACAACUCCUUCUACCCUGCCCGUAUUACCUCCAUCACCGGUUCCUCCAGCAACCCUGUUUACCUGGUCUCCUUCAAAUCCUACGGCACGGUGGAAUCAUUAACUGCAAAAGACCUCAGGCCUAUCUCUGGCAAUGAUUCGCGUAAACGCAAGGCUGAUGGAAGCUCAGGCAAUUCCGCAUCCCAAUCCCCAGCACCUCAGCUGCCAAACUCGAGCGUGAUAUCUGCAGCUGCAGAUAUCAACCCUGCAUUGGCGAACCAGGCGCGGAAAGAGCCAAGCAAGGUAGGCGAUGGCCCCGCGCGUCCCGCAAAGGCGCCCCGGAAGGUCAAAGCCAACCGUGAACUUGAGGCGGGUAAGAUGAAGUGGAAGGAUUUUGCCAGCAAGGGAAAGUUAGGACGGAAAGAGAGCAUGUUCCGAACUGGAGACAGUGUCAACGCCCGAGUGGGUUUCACUGGGUCUGGCCAAAAGAUGCGCAAAGAUCCCACCAGGACGCGACACGUGUAUCAACAAGCCGAGGACGAAGGCUACUGA